AUGCCACACUUAGAUGCAAUUUACAUCUUCUGUGAUGACAAAUUCAGACAUCAAGGAUGGACACAAAACUGGACAAAAAUUAAAGGUGUUCAUACAAAUAUUACAGAAAUUUGCCAAGCAUUACAAUUGGCUGUUAAGCAGUACGACCAGGACACAAUAGCCGUAAGUUUUCUUACGUUAAAUGAAAUGGCUUCACUUGAUAAUUUAAAUCAGUUGGAGUCAAAUUUUAUGUAUACGAAAAUACUCAAAGCAAUUCUCCCUGAUAUUGAAUAUGAUCGCAAGGCGAUCAAAAACUUAGCAGCUUGUUGCCGCGAAGUUUUUGAUGGCAAUCCAACUCAAUUACAAAUUAUUGAUGAAUUUGAACGUGACUAUCACCUACAACAAGCAUUAUGGUGGUAUACACGUGAGUGUUUUACCUUCAAAAUGCUCAAUCAAGCACUUCAAAUAUUGGACGCCAAUAUAAUUAUUAAUAUGGGCUUCUUUCUACGUGAUGUACAUCAACAAAUUCAACAGUUAUAUGAACAACAGGUCAGCAGUUAG